CGCCCCCUCCCCCGCCCACUCCCCGGAACCGGUGGCGGAGCUGCAGCCGCCGGCAGUGGGACGGCGACGGCACCGCUGAGGCUCCGGGAUGAGCGCCUCCCGACGCCCCGCGUCCUGGGCCCGGCUCCACUGACAGAGACUUUGGGCUUCUUGAGGACAUUCCCUUUCUGCUUGGAGUCUCCUUUCACUCUACUCAGCGUGGAAGAACGUUCUUAAUGCUUAGCCCCUGCAGGACAGGUGCGACAGGAUUGCCGUUAUAUCCCAAUCAUGGUGCAGAAGUACCAGUCGCCCGUGAGGGUGUAUAAACACCCCUUCGAGUUAAUCAUGGCUGCCUACGAGAGGAGGUUCCCCACGUGCCCUCUGAUUCCCAUGUUCGUGGACAGCGACAUUGUGAAUGAGUUCCGGAGUGAGGACGGGGCCAUUCACGUCGUGGAGAGGCGCUGCAAGCUGGACAUCGACGCGCCCCGGCUGCUGAAGAAGAUUGCGGGCGUGGACUACGUGUACUUUGUCCAGAAAAACUCCCUGAACGCCCGGGAGCGCACCUUGCACAUCGAGGCGCACAACGAGACGUUCGCCAACCGGGUGGUCAUCAGGGAGCACUGCUGCUACACCGUCCACCCUGAGAAUGAAGACUGGACCUGCUUUGAACAGUCUGCAAGUCUGGACAUCAAAUCUUUCUUCGGCUUUGAAAGCACGGUGGAGAAGAUCGCAAUGAAACAGUACACCAGCAACAUCAAGAAAGGAAAAGAAAUCAUUGAGUACUACCUUCACCAGCUGGAAGAGGAAGGCAUCACGUUCGUGCCCCGCUGGGCCCCGCCCCGCCUGGCGCCCUCUGCCGAGGCGGCCGCCUCCUGCUGGACGCAAGCGGCGGCGCUGGCCGACGCGCUCCCAGAAGCUGCGCAGAAGGAAGGGCUGAGCGGCGAGGCCCUGGGCAGCGCGAGCGGGGCCGCGGAGCCGGCCCCGGGAACCCCUGACGACAAACUGGACGCGGACUACAUCAAGAGGUACCUGGGCGACCUGACCCCCCUGCAGGAGAGCUGCCUGAUCCGGCUUCGCCAGUGGCUGCAGGAGACGCACAAGGGCAAAAUCCCGAAGGACGAGCACAUUCUCCGGUUCCUGCGUGCCCGGGACUUCAACAUCGACAAGGCCCGGGAGGUCAUGUGCCAGUCCCUGACCUGGCGGAAGCAGCACCAGGUGGACUACAUCCUGGACACCUGGCGCCCGCCCCAGGUGCUCCAGGACUACUACGCGGGAGGCUGGCACCACCAUGACAAAGACGGGCGGCCCCUCUACGUGCUCCGGCUGGGGCAGAUGGACACCAAAGGCUUGGUGAGGGCCCUCGGAGAGGAGGCCCUGCUGAGAUACGUGCUCUCCAUCAACGAGGAGGGGCUCCGGCGCUGCGAGGAGAACACGAAGGUCUUCGGCCGGCCCAUCAGCUCCUGGACCUGCCUGGUGGACCUGGAGGGGCUGAACAUGCGGCACCUGUGGAGGCCCGGCGUGAAGGCCCUGCUGCGCAUCAUCGAGGUGGUGGAGGCCAACUACCCCGAGACGCUGGGCCGCCUGCUGAUCCUGCGCGCCCCCCGCGUGUUCCCCGUGCUCUGGACGCUGGUCAGCCCCUUCAUCGACGACAACACCAGGAGGAAGUUCCUCAUCUACGCGGGGAACGACUACCAGGGCCCCGGGGGCCUGCUGGACUACAUCGACAAGGAGAUCAUCCCCGACUUCCUGGGCGGGGAGUGCAUGUGUGAAGUGCCGGAGGGCGGCCUGGUGCCCAAGUCUCUGUACCGGACGGCGGAGGAGCUGGAGAACGAGGACCUCAAGCUCUGGACCGAGACCAUCUACCAGUCCGCCAGCGUGUUCAAGGGAGCCCCCCACGAGAUUCUCAUUCAGAUCGUGGACGCCUCCUCGGUGAUCACCUGGGAUUUCGACGUGUGCAAAGGGGACAUCGUCUUCAACAUUUACCACUCCAAGAGGUCCCCGCAGCCCCCCAAGAAGGACUCGCUGGGGGCGCACAGCAUCACCUCCCCAGGGGGGAAUAACGUACAGCUGAUAGACAGGGCCUGGCAGCUGGGCCGCGACUACAGCAUGGUGGAGUCGCCCCUGACGUGCAGGGAGGGCGAGAGCGUGCAGGGCUCCCACGUGACCCGGUGGCCGGGCUUCUACAUCCUGCAGUGGCGGUUCCACAGCAUGCCGGCCUGCGCCGCCACCAGCCUGCCCCGCGUGGAUGACGUGCUGGCCUCGCUGCAGGUCUCCUCGCACAAGUGCAAAGUGAUGUACUACACCGAAGUGAUCGGGUCCGAGGACUUCCGAGGCUCCAUGACCAGCCUGGAGUCCAGCCACAGUGGGUUCUCCCAGCUGAGCGCGGCCACCACCUCCUCCAGCCAGUCCCACUCCAGCUCCAUGGUUUCCAGGUAGUGCUGCGCCGCCGCCGCCGCCACCGCCACUGCCGCCGCCUCGGACAGCCCCGGCACGCCGCGCGCCCGGCGGCCAGUGUGCAGACGCCUCCGACCCCUAGGUAGCAGGUAGCGCUCGAGAUGGUAGAUGUAGGCGCUGACCCCAACGCCGCCUCGACAGGCAGCUCUGACUCUGACUCCGACUCAAUAGCCAUAGAUUUUGUACGCGGCCCGCACAGAGUCCGACCAGAGCGCAAGGGCUCUCGGGAAAGAAAGUCGUUUAUGUACUAACUGAGAGCUUGACUCUGUCUCAAGUAUCGAUGCAAAAAAUGUUCCACACAACCUCCACGCCGUCCGAUAGCGGAUGAGCCCCUGCCCCGCCCUGCGGGGGCCGCCUCACCUUCCCGCAUGGAGCGGGAGCCUCUGACCUGCACCACCCCCCCCCCCACCGUCACCCCCGCCUUCCUUCCGCCUGCGCACAGUGACAGCCCGCCGGCUGCCGGGGGAACGGGCGCCGCCCCGGCUGGCAGGACCGGGAGGCAGCCCGGGGAGCCGCAGCCUGGCUUCUGGCGGGCGGGUUCGUGGUUCUCACGUCGGUGCCGGUGGGUCAAGGGGCUCCCGUGGCGCCAGAAAGACACCGCCAUCGUUGAGCACGAUUGAUCGUCUCUCCACCCCCCCCACCCCCCCACCCCCCUUCCCGUCUUCUCAGCGCCUCCAGGGCGGGCUCUCCCUGGGCGCCCUCUCCCUCUUCCCCUGGCGCUGCUGCUCCUGCCGGCGCUGGCCGUGCUGAGCUCCUCCCGACGCCCCUCCCCGGCGCCCCCUGAGCCUCACGGCCUCAGAGCCCGGGUGGUCCUCCGCGUCCCCGGGGGGUGGGCCACCUGGCAGCCGUCUGGGGUUCGCUCACUUUGGCUGAGCAGGGGUCUCACAGCGGCGUGGCUGGCCGCCUCAGGGAGGUGCGAGGCUCGUCGGAGCCCCGCCCGCGUCUCUGUAGAAGGACGUGGACUCCCAGCGUGGGUGCACGCGUGUGCGUGUGGGCGUGGCCGUGUGGGGCCGGCGUGCUCUGCGAGGGUCCUUGGUCCGUGUAACGAGAUUCUUCCUGGGAACCAAGCAGAUAGGGAAUUGGUUUGCUUUUUACAUUUUCCUUUAUUCCCACCUGUAAAGCCUGUUCUGUCUCACGGCGGCUGUCAGUUUUUGGCUUUUCACGGGAAAGGCCGGUUCCUGGCGAACUUGCCCGUGUUGCACCGGGUUGCUCUCGUGAUGGGCGUGAGAGCGGCGGCGUGUGCGGCAGAGGCGGAGCCUGUGAUGCUGGGGGUGGGUGCCGGGCCACAGGUCCUGGGCUGCGUCGUCGCGGUCCGCGCUGAAGGCGUUUGGGGGGGUGUCCGGGGGGGCUCGGGAGGAGCGGGGCGGCCCGCUCUCCUGGUCGGGGAGGUGCCCGCUCUGGCCCGCGGCCGGUCCUUGGCUCCGCGCAGAGCGGCUCCUUGUCGGCACCUCGAGGCCGCUUCCGGAAGGCACAGCAGGGCCCGUUGCUGCUUGCAGUUGGCGCUUCUUGUUUCCAAGUCCCGAGGGCCUGAGGGGGGUCCCUUCUCUCUCUCUCUCUCUCUCCCCCCCCUCUCUCUGUGUGUGUGUCUCAGAUGGCGAUUUUGCUGACAGCUGCCGAGAGACCGCUCCCCUGCACAGCCCACGGCAGGCAGCCCGGGGACGUUGUAGAACUGUCUGGGCCGCGGCCAGCCCCUCCCCCAGUCUGAAGAUCUGUCCUUGUUAAGUCGAUUCAGAAGUGGCCCUGGGUCACCUCCCGGGGUUGGGCGCGUCCUUGAGAGCUCAGAGCACAGGACCGCGCCGGGGCCUGCGGGCCGCUCGCGCAUCGCCCGGCCACUCUCCUUGCCCGGGAGCCGUGGUGCGGGCCUGGGCGGCGCGGGCGAGCCUGCCCAUCGGUCCCCUCGGUGCCCCGCACGCCCGCCAUGGCUGCUGUCCUCCCGCCUCUCCCGGCACUCGGGGGUCUUCGGGUGCCCCCCCGCGACGAGUGUCUUCAUUCACUCCCCCCCGCCACCAGACGCAUUAUUUACGUAUCAGAUUCUGUAAAUGUUUUGUAAACAUAUUACCUCACUCUUGGUAAUACAAUACUGAUAGUCUUUACAAGAUUUUUUUAUUGUUAUCAAUAAUAAAUGUGAACUGUUUAAAGAAAA